UAUCAGUUCCAUCCAAGACUUGAGUCAGCUCACAAGCGGGGUAUACUGAGAACCAUGUGGAAGGCCGUAUUGCUACUGAGCUCCGCGAGUGUUGUCCUGCAGAUGGCAGUGGCGCAGAGCGGAGCAGAGAGCUUACCCUUCCACGGAUACAUUCCCGGAGAUAGUGUCAGGGCCAAUGCUCCCAGAGGGGAUGGUCAACCCAACGACAUCUAUCUUCCCUACGAGAAGCCGCCCGUACUCCAAGACGACGAGGUGGUGCUCUACCCCCGUAACAUUGAGGGCUUCGGUUUGGAGGAGGGUCAGGACCCCGAGGAACACGUCUAUCAGAUCCACCAAGCAAGCAAGCUGCAGAACAAGUUCGACAAGCAUAGCAAGCACUCACACAACCAUAGCAAACGCAGCGGCAAGACACUGACAGCUGCCUCCGCUGGCAGCGAAGUCGGUGAACAGACAUUCCCUCAAGCCCUCACCGGCCCCCUGCCAGGACCCAACUAUUCCCCUCCUUCCGCUCCUCACUAUCCUUUCCCUGCCCCUUCCCCAGGUGCCGGUCACAUUACUGGCUACGAAGGAUAGGAUGCAUGCUCUAAUACAAAACCUUUUGUAAAUCACUAUUCUUCCUGCUUAGUCCAGCUGGCGUGUCAGUUCUCAGCGUGCACCUCUCAUCCCUGUCACCCCGCAUCCAUCAGCAUCCUGAACGUCAGAGGGAUUCAGACCCUUCAUCCAACCGAAUCAUUCUUAGCCUCGCCACCUUCCCUUCAACUAUCAUACUAAGUAUUGUGUCAUCCCACGAUCAUUCCAGGCGCCCAGUUAUCUAAUUUUUCCCCGACUUUUCCAUGAGUCAAAUAACCUGAAGUCUAAAGUUCAUUCCAGGAAUCUAUCAAUACUCCUAACUCUCACUCUCCUGAUCUUUUAUCCUACCCUCCAUAUCCACACCAGGAGUCCUUCACCCUACCUUCAGCAACUCACUCCAAGAGAGCUUCAUGCAACCUUCCCCACUGACUUUAAGGAUACCUUAUCCUACUCUUCACCUACCACUCUACAAGGUAGGUGAAGGGUUGAAUAAGGUACACGUCAUCCUACACCGCCAUUUCAAAGUCAAUAGCCCAUCCUAUUAUGCUACUCCCGCUCACCAUCACAAUAAUAAUUAUCAACUAAUUCUUGGUAUCGUGUGGUCUCCGUCCUUCUCUCUCCCACCAACUCUUCGUCAGACGACCACUCCAUCUCAUUCUGGAAGUCGUUCAUGCCUGAUCUCUCCUUCUAACUGACCUUCCAGCUGCCUUAAUGUUGUCUUGUGUCAUACAUUCACCUCCCGGGUGGAAGGAUUCCCACAAUGCCGUAUCAGGGCAUUAAGUCCCAUCUUGGGCAUUACUAGUAGUUGGGCAUUAAAGAGUCCUGCCACACCUUCCUCAUUCCUGCCACUGAUCCUACGCUUGUAAAGGCCCAGUACCUCCUAGUAUCCUAUAGAAGAGUCUUGGCCAUUACUCACCCUACAGGCAUCCUAGGAUAUGUCCCUCCAGAAGGAAUCCAUUCUGUAUCCUUUGUGCCUGUAGAAUCCUUUACCUAACCCUUCAGCAACUUAAAUUCUUUAAGCAGUCCUUCAACGUCCCAUCCUAUAAGCGCUUCUGCAACGAACUCAUCCUGCUAGCAAUCCUACAGGAACCCUAUCUUCCAAGCGAACCUCCACCCCCCAUCCUGCAACAAUCCUACUAGCAAUUGAGCAACGCCUGCAUCCCUCAAGCAGUCUUGGACACGUCACAUCCACUUCCAACUUAUACCACUAGACCUUCUAUCCUUCAUAUCAUCCUAUAUCCCCACCAUCCUUCAAACAUCCUCCAAAAUCCCGCACUCCUGUCCUGGCAGGAUCGGCAAGGCCAAGAGAUGUCAACAGGACAUCGGUUCUGUCCUCGCUAUGUGAUAUUACUUAAUGUAUUUAUAAAUGUUGAUAUAUAUACCUGUACCUGCACAUUCGUGUAUAACUGAUAGUAUUUGAUGAAUCAAAAUGUAUGCUGUAUUAUAUACAACAAAACUACCUUUAUAAAAAUGUUGAGUGUGUUUGGCGCCAUGAGUAGUCGAGCUGAGUGAAAGAAUUUGCCAGAGGCAAUGUUCCUAUUUAUACAAUGUGCACUGAUAAUGACGAAAACAAAAAAUAUAUAUAUAUAUACAAAUUA